ACAGAAAACCUGAAAACCGACAAGCCAUUGCCAAUAUCACGAUCGACUGAUUACUUCGCAUUGGGAUACAAAGAAUCGAACAAAGUACCACCAGGAAGAGUGUCUUUGUUGCAAGCCAUUAAUUUCAUCACAAAGCAUCAGCAACAACCAGAAGUAUGGACUAUCGAAAAGAUAGCGGAAGAGAAUAAAAUCAAGCCCGAAGUCGCAAAGGACAUCAUUGACCAUUUCCGUGCGUUUGAGGUUCACAUGUCGAAGAAUGUUGAGCAAAGGGAGGUGCAACAGAUUCAAGCCAAUUUGAAAUUGCUUGGCGCAAAGAGCACAGACAAAUAAACAGUAUGUGAUACUGCUAAGCAUUGACACAUUGUAAUUAGCCCGAGUCGAACUUAGAAUUACUUAGAGCACGUUGUUUGAUUUAAAAAAAAAAAAGCAAUAAAUUUAAGUAACAACUCAAA